UGUCAUCUGUUGACAGCACUGUGGAUACUAUUUUUGACAUUGGUUGUGUACUGGUAGAUUUUUCAUUGCCCAAUUAGGACAAGACAGAAUCUUUAAAAUCUAAUCAGUGAGCCUUGGAGCAGUACUUUGAUAAUAUUCGGAUGUCACUAUUUUUAAAAGAAGUUUUCUUUCACGAGACCAAAAAAACUUAAUUUUUAACAAGAAUAGACUUUCUCUUGCUGUGAAAAUUAGGCUAUAUGUCAUUAUGACGAUCGUUUCUUGUUUCCUGUCCCCCCAAAGGAAGUGAUGAGGGCUGAAGAACGUCUGUCUGUCCUUAUCAACUAUUUGUUAUUAGGAAAUGAACUUCUUGGCGAACACUUUGAAACUAAGCCUGACAAGAAGUUCAGUGUAUCUGAGGCCAAUUACAAGGAGCAGUAUAUUCACAGAGGAUGUAGCAUCAAGAGUGACGAAGGCGUUCCUCCAACCUGUGUUACCUUGUCUGACUCUGGUGAGUGGUUUCAAGGUAAAAUACACUGUGAAGAGGCGGUGUAAGGACUGUUACAUGGUGGUCAGAGACGGAAGGAUGUACAACAUCUGCCCAACACACCCUCGACACAAGCAGAUGUCAUUCACACCGAGCCAGAAGACCUUGAACACGAGAUACAUAACAUGGGCCAGCCAAAGCAAGAUAAGGCCUUGGUAGAUGCAAGAUAUUUCUGAUCAUAGAUUUGUAAAUAAACAGUUUUUUGUUCAAUAA